AUGGGGACGCAGGGGGCCGGGCGGAAGCGGCUCCCCAACCGGGAGCGGCUGACGGCGGAGGACGAUGCGCUCAACCAGAUCGCCCGGGAGGCUGAAGCAAGGCUCGCAGCAAAGCGAGCAGCACGAGCAGAAGCACGAGAGAUCCGAAUGAAAGAACUUGAGAGGCAGCAGAAGGAGAUCUAUCAGGUCCAAAAGAAAUAUUAUGGUCUGGAUACAAAGUGGGGUGACAUCGAGCAGUGGAUGGAAGACAAUGAGCGUUAUUCUCGUAGAUCCAGAAGAAAUGCCUCGGCUUCAGAUGAAGAUGAGCGCAUGUCAGUGGGUAGCCGUGGAAGCCUGAGGGCUGGAUUAGAGAAUGAGAGGACCAAAAAGAAGAACUCCAAAGCAACCAAUGGUUAUGAUGAAGACAUGUAUGGAUCAUCCCAGAGUAGAAAAUCUAGCAGGCCCUCCUUGCUGUACAGUGAUGUUCUGCCUGCCAGAAGUUACAGGGCGUCUCUGUAUGAUGAGAGCAUUUACAGUGGGAAUCGUCGAUAUAGUGCCUCUAGUUCUCGUGCUCCGUCGGAGUACAGCUGCUACCUUGGCUCCGGAUCUCGGGCAUCUUCUAGAGCCAGCUCUGCUCGGGCAAGUCCAGUGGUUGAAGAAAGGCCAGAAAAAGACUUUGAGAAGGGAGCUCGUACUGUGUCAAGCUUAUCAGCAGCUACACUAGCCUCUCUGGGUGGAACUUCCUCCCGGAGAGGCAGUGGGGACACCUCCAUCUCCGUUGAUACUGAGGCAUCCAUUAGAGAAAUUAAGGAUAUCAAUGAGUUAAAGAACCAGAUUCAGGAUGUAGAAGGCAAAUACAUGCAGGGAUUGAAAGAAAUGAAGGACUCCCUAGCAGAAGUUGAAGAGAAAUAUAAAAAGGCUAUGGUGUCUAAUGCUCAACUAGACAAUGAGAAAACAAACUUCAUGUACCAAGUCGAUACCUUGAAGGAUGCAUUGUUAGAGUUAGAAGAACAGCUGGCAGAAUCCAGGAGGCAAUAUGAAGAGAAAAGCAAAGAAUUUGAGCGGGAAAAGCAUGCUCAUAGCAUAUUGCAGUUUCAGUUCACGGAAAUCAAGGAGACCCUGAAGCAAAGAGAAGAAAUGCUCGAGGAAAUCCGACAGCUGCAUCAGAAACAGGAGAGCUAUAUCAGGGAAAUUUCUGAUCUUCAGGAGACGAUAGAGUGGAAAGACAAAAAAAUAGGGGCGUUAGAGAGGCAGAAAGAGUUCUUUGAUUCCAUAAGGAGUGAGCGGGAUGACCUCAGAGAUGAGGUGGUUGUGCUGAAGGAACAACUGAAGAAACACGGAAUAAUCCCAAACUUGGAAGUAGCCACCAAUGGAGAGGCUUUAGAUGGUCUCGAUAAUGAAGCACAUUCAGAUUCUACCAAGAUUACUCCAGGAGCGACUCAGAUCCUACAGACAGCUGGGGAUGGGACACUAGACAGACUGAAAAAGCUCAUUGGUGAACGAGAAUCCUUGCUAGAACAGAUUAAAACACUAAAAGGACAACUGGAAGAGAAGCUGAAGAAUGACAAGAUGGAGAAUCUGCAGUCUGAAGAUGAAGUUCUUGAGAAUGGGACAGAUAUGCACAUGAUUGAUCUCCAAAGAGAUGCCAACAGACAGAUCAGUGACCUCAAAUUUAAACUUGCAAAGUCUGAACAAGAGAUAACAACUUUGGAGCAGAAUGUAAUACGGUUGGAGGGUCAAGUAGCUCGAUACAAAUGUGCUGCUGAAAAUGCUGAAAAAAUAGAAGAUGAACUGAAAGCUGAGAAACGCAAACUCCAAAGAGAGCUUCGCUCAGCAUUGGAUAAAACUGAAGAGCUUGAAGUUAGCAAUGGCCAUCUAGUGAAACGGCUGGAGAAGAUGAAGGCCAAUCGAAGUGCUUUACUAUCUCAGCAAUAA